AAGAGAGGCCGCGGCGGUAGGAGCGCGGCGGUAGGAGCGCGGCGUUAGCCGCGCGGGGCUCCCGUCCCUCACCUGCCGGUGCCGAGGGGCGAACAACUCGGUGGUACAUGGCUCCGUCUCGGGGCAGACGGCAACCUCACCUCAUCCCCCAGCGGCGGGGCAGCGGUCACCGGCUGCCAUGGGCGCUUCCGGCGCGCUGCAUUGUGGGGCCGUGACGAGGCUGGGAGCGGGACGUGUCCGCGCAUGCGCGGGCGCCACCGCUCCGAGCUCCGUUGUGAUGUUGGGAACAACAGAAAUGACUAACCAAGAAGAAGCAGAGAUGCAGAUUUCAGAGUUAGAUUUACUGUCUAGCAUGUUUCCUUAUGAGGAGGAGUUUGCUGUGACAGACCAGCUGGCUCUAGCUGAACUGAAACACUAUGCUGAAAAUGAGUCUGCAGAGGUGCCGUCUUCGAAAGUUCAGUUUGUACUGAAUGUAAAGGCUGAGGUCCCUAAUGCCUCUGUGGUGGAAUUCUCUAUGGCCUGUGCUUUGCCAUUUAAAUAUCCAACUGUUCUACCGGAAAUCACUGUGAGGUCGUCGUUAUUAAGCCGCUCUCAGCAGAUUCACCUGAACUCUGAUCUAAAAACAUAUUUGAUGCAAAACUGCCGUGGUGAGCCCUGCAUGUUGAGUGCAAGGCAAUGGGUUAAAGACUACGCAGCUGCUUACAUUGACAAAGAGCUUUCAUCUUCCUCAGUGACAACUGCAAGUGCCAUUCAGGCAGAAGUCACUACAUUCACUCGAUUGUGGAUCUAUAGUCAUCACAUUUACAACAAGCAAAAAAGAAAGAAUAUUAUUGACUGGGCUAAGGAGCUCUCUCUUUCAGGGUUUUGCAUGCCAGGGAAACCAGGUGUUGUUUGUGUAGAAGGUUUACAAAGUAAUUGUGAAGAGUUCUGGUCAAGAGUAAGAAGACUAACGUGGAAAAGAAUUCUCAUUCGGCACAGAGAAGAUGUUUCUUUGGAAGGUGGAGGACAUGCUGAGAUUCAGAACCAACGGAAGUUUUCCACUUUGGAAGAAAAAUGUUUUGAUGCACAUGGUGCCAGGGGAAAUCAUAUGGAUUUGGGGCAACUCUAUCAUUUUUUAGAAGAAAAAGGAUGUGCUGACAUUUUUCAAAUGUACUUUGGGGUUGAAGGGCAUUGAAGGGUUUGAAGAUCAGCACAGGCCCCAGCACUUAUGAUUGGAAUUUAAUCCUCAUAACAGAUUCCUUAGCUGUUCUGCAACAGUUGAUCAGAGAGGGAAUUAAUAAUUCAUGGUUUAUGUCAUGAAUACAGUUUUCAAUGAAAACAAAUAUCCAGUGAAAUCCCGAAUAAUGAAAAUGACUACACGAAUACUUUAUUACUUCAUUUACUUUCUGAUUUUAAGGAGAUUUAGGGUACAUACCUAAUUACAAUUAAAAAAAAUGCAUUUGAUAACCAACUGGGCAGUUAUGGAAUUACAGAUGAAUGAAUAGAUGGAAUAUAGGGAAUGAAUAUAUGAAUAAGAAGUUACAAAAAUGCAGUGUGGAUGUCUCAGGAGGGGAAAUGUUAUGUUUACAUUAAUUGCUACUGUUUACAUACACUACACAAAGACUUUUUUGUAACAAUCUUCUACUUCCUACAUGAAAAUUUAUUAAGCCAUGAGAUCAAUAUUUUAUUUAAAAACAAACAAAAGGAGGGAGCAAAUUUACAAGAGUCUUGCAUAUGCUAAGAAGCUGAGCUAGGAUGCCUACUCUAAGGUGUAAGAGUUUUUUGUAGGUACAAGUGUGUAUGCAGGUAAGAGAAAUACCACGGUGGUUUCACUACAUCUGUAGCUGAAGAGUUUAUUUUUAUUUGUGUAGAAGCAACAAAGAUGAAGAAUCAAGGAUGGGCUCCCUUACAGCGCACUCCAAAACUGUGAAAUGAUCCUCAGCCUUCUGAGUUCACAAGUUUUCAUUCCUGUAAUAUAAAGUGCAUUAUGCUGCGUGUGUUUUUGAGUCCAGUUUCAACAAAGUUGUACUAAUUAAUCCUAAUUUUAUCGAUACUGUAUCUAAAUCCCACGUCUGAAAAAGCACAAAUUGGUCGCUUUGGAUUAAAUAUUUUUAAUAAAUAUUGAUUAAAUA